GCUCCACAAGGACCCCUUACCACACCCAGCACUGACAUGCAGCCGCCUCUGGGGUGGGACACGUACAACAGCUGCACACGGACGCUCAGCGCAACCCCCACCCCUCCCACGGGGAGGCCGCAGCGGAGACGCAGGAAAUUGAGGGGGGGCUUUCCGCCCCGACUGUAGCCCUGAGCCCAGGCGCGGGACGUGGCGGCGCGCAGGCUGCGGCGGGGGCCGGGCCGGGGGAUCGAUCCGGGCUGCCCAGCGGCUGUUCCCAGCUCGGCGAGCCGCGCUGCGCGCCCGCUGCAAUCGGGCGGGGCCGGGGGAGGCCGAACGGGACCGAGGCGGCGCAGGGGGCCGCGGGCUGUCUGGCCUCGGGCGGCGCGUCCCCGGCGAAGGCUCCUAGCCCCCGGCCGGUGCUCGCCACCAUGGGAGCCAUGAGGGAGCCGCUGCGCCGGGGCGUGCUGGGCUCCUUGCUGCUGCUGCUGGGGCUGUGUGGGGCGCGGGAGGUGCACCUGCCCCCAGGGCCCCUGUUCCGCGUGGAGGGCACGGCCAUCUCCAUCCCCUGCAGCGUCUCGGAGUAUGAGGGCCCCACGCUGCAGCACUUCGAGUGGUUCCUGUACCGCCCGACGGCCCCCGAGAUCUCCAUCGGCAUAGUCAGCACCAGGGACCCCGCCUUCCCCUACGCCGUCUUCAGCCCCCGCGUGCAGAGCGGCGAGGUCUCGGUGCAGCGGCUGCGUGGCGACGCUGUCGAGCUGCGCGUGGCCCGGCUGCGGGCCGAGGACGCCGGCGUCUACGAGUGCUACACGCCCACCACCGACUCCAUGUACCAUGGCAACUACAGCAGCAAGGUGGUGCUGAAAGUGAUCCCUGACAUGCUCUGGGUCUCGGCCCCCACACCCAGGCCCCAUCUCCGAGGCCGCAUGGCUGGCACCUCCCCGCUGCAGCUCAGCUUGUCGGAGGGCCAGGAGCUGCAGCUGAGCUGCACGGCCCAGAGCCAGACGCAGCAGCACACCCAUCUCUCCGUCUCCUUCGGGGUGUCGGCCCCAGAUGCCCCCGUGGGGCGCCAGACGCUGCAGGAGGUGGUCGGGGUGCGCCACGACUUCGCCGUGGAAGCUGGCGGGAGCUUUGCUGAGCGGUACCGGGCUGGGAAGCUCUCCGUGGUCAAGGCAGGCAGUGAGCAGUACAAGCUGGCGAUCGGGCAGGUGCGCCCGGGGGACGCGGGCACCUACCACUGCACAGUAGGUGAAUGGAUCCAGGACCCCGACGGCAGCUGGCAGCUGAUUGCCGAGAAGCGGGCAGCGCUGGCCCAGGUGACUGUCCAGUCCAUCGCGAGCCAGCUGGCGGUGUCGGCCAGCCCGCCCGGGGUCCGGCUCAGCGCUGGAGACGCCCUGGAGCUUCUUUGCAACCUAUCAGGCCCCGUGCCGCCUGCGCCCCACCUGGCAUACGCCGUGAGCUGGGAGGUGGGCGAGGGGGACAGGCUGCUGGUGGCGCAGCUGGACACGGACGGGGUGGCCGUCGCUGGGGAGAGCUAUGCCAACAGCCAAGUGGGCCGGCGCCAAGUCUCGCUGCAGAAGCUGACACCUGACCCCGGCUCCUACCGGCUGCGGAUCGAGUCAGCCCAGCCAGGGGACGCGGGCACCUACCGCUGCGUGGCCCGGGCCUACAUUCGCUCCCCUGAUGCCCAGCUGCGGGAGGUGGCCAGCAGCCGCUCGCAGGGGUUGAAGGUGCACAUGAAAUCAGAAGCUGUGGUGCUGGAGGUCUACGCGUGGCUGCCCGUCCCCGCCACCUACCGCGGGGACACGGCCGAGCUGCUGUGCAACAUCUCAGUGGAGUCGACCCAGGCCGUCCACGUGGCCGUCAGCUGGUGGGUGGAGGUGACGGUGGGGGAGGAGGAGCCCCAGGGCCGGAUGGUGGCGUCUGUGAGCCGCGAGGGCGUGGCCGAGCUGGGCAGGCGGGCGUCAGGCGGGGACAUGAGUCUGGACAAGGUGGGGCCGCAGUGCCACCGGCUGCGGCUCCACGGGGUGCAGCCGUCCGACGAGGGGAGGUACCACUGCGCCGUCACCUCCUGGGUGCGCUACCCUGACCGCAGCUGGUACAACGCCGGGGCUGUGAAGUCCAACUCCGUCGCCGUGUAUCCCUACGCCCGGGUCAUGGACACCCUGUUCAUCCCCCUCAUCGUGGGCAUCGCCAGUGCCCUCUUCACGGGCAUCACCAUCCUCGCCACCAUCACCUGCUGCUUUAUGAGGCGGCUCCGCAAGAGGUGAAGCACGCGAGAGACCGGCCCCAGGGCACUGCAGGUGCCUGCUCCAUCUCGCUCUCCUGUCAGCCUUCACUCAGGCCACUGGGCUCCCUUCUUUUCCCCCCACUUGUGACUUCUGACUUCUUACCUCCAUGGACCGGCUUGGGCAGCUUCUCAGCUCCUCGGACUGCAUGCUGGCUUCCUCCUUCAUUUGAGUCAUUCCAUUUUUUUUUUUUUUUUUCUAAACUCAACCCAGAUCCAGGCAAGCCCCUGGCAAGAGAUGGGAGAGACCCUGGGUCCUGCAUCGGGGCCAAACUUUGCCCUCCCAAGAAGCUGAUGCAUCCAUCUGAGACAUCCAGACUGGAGACGUCCCUACCCGGAGGACAUGAGGGGCAGCGGCACUGCCUCAUCUGCUCCUGGACUCGCUGCUUCCCUGAUCCUUCCCUACCCGGCCUCUGUGACCUUUGGUGGGAGUGUGGGGGCUGCUUUUCCCUCUGCUGCUGGUGCUACUGGAGACUCUAUAUCCUCCACCCCCUCUGUCCGUAACUCUUGUCUCCCCUCCCCUCCCCUCUCAUGUGUUGGGCUGUCCUGUGGAUCUAGACAUGUGUGGACUCUGCCCCUGCCAUGUGCGCAGGGAAAGGGUGUAUCAUUCCCUAGGGGAGGGGGCCAGUGGCUCUGUGCUCUGGGGAACCUGAGACUUGAUCUACUGGAGACCUCAGAGUCAGUAAUGUGCUUGUAGCCUACAACGUGGACAACAGUCUACUACUGUUGCCAGCUGAGGGAACUCCUCUAGUCGGAGCAGUAGAGCCUUGUGCUUUAGAGCUGAAGGUCCUGGGUGCAAACCAAGCUGAUGACCUAUGCUCGGGUCAUGGUUAUGUGACCUCAGGUGACCUGAGAGGGGAGAGGCGUCUGCCUUCGUGUAAGAGAAGAGAGGGACUCUAAUGCCAAAGGACUGAGGGCUCCAGCCUUCCUUGGUCCCCCCCUCCCCCCCACUUUGAGGUUUUAAUUGCACCCCAGCUCUGCCUUCAGGAAUAGCCGAGCGGCCUCUCCCUGCCACUCCGUGGCUGGAAACACUCAGUACCAGUGGUUGGGCCUGCCCCCAGAGCAGUCCCUUUGCAGCCAACAGGUCUGAUCCUGGUAUAUCCCUCAUGCUCACUGCACCUGUGCUCUCAGGCUGAUCUGAUAGCAUUUUACACUGACUGUGAGAAAUCCUGGCCCCACUGAAGUCAAUGGAAAACCCCCCAUGAUCUGCAGUGGAGCCAGGAUUCCAGCUGUGGUGUAAACGGCAGAAUCCAGCUCAUGUAUUUCUCUUAAAGGGACACAUGCAUCAGUGGCCAUGGAGUUUGCGUUUGUUAAAUAGAUCCUAAAAUCUGAUAUCUGUGGAGAGGGGCUAAAACAAUUGGUGGCAGGUUUUUAAUGAAACCUUCCCCCAGGUCCCUGCAAGAGUGAAAGUGCCCAGGCUGGCAAGAGACAUGCCAAACGAAGGCAUUGGGCAGAGGGUGAGAACCGCUGCUGGCGUUGCUUGCCCUUUAUUCUUCUGGGUGCUGGGGAGUCGCCUAGAAUGCCAGGCUUUAGAAAAGAACGGUUGGUUUUGAUGUUGUGAUUUUAAUGUAACAGGCAUACGACAGCCAGGAUUUUCCAAAGCUGCCUGGAAUGUCGCUGUUAAAACCAGGGCAAUCGGCCGUACACAUUGCUGACACGGUUAAGAAAAACCUCUACCCACGUAACAGUCGUUCUGUGACUGGUCUUGGCACAAUGGGGUGUUCCCCAAAAUUACCCUAUCAGACGAGCACAGUAUAGCAUGUGUUGGAAAAUAACACGUUUAUACAGAUAAGCACUAAAUAGAGACAACCACUGUACAUAGAUGUAUAAAUUAUUAGUCUCUUUUUAGAGAUAUAGGAUCAGAUCCUUAUCUGGUGUAAAUCAACAUAGCUCCUUCAACAGGACGCCACUCAGCAGGAUCAAAUCCUUGCUGUAAGGGCCCGAGCCAUCUGGCCCUGAUGCAGCAAAGCCCUCGAAAUCAGCCACUUGUUCCAUUGAAGUAACUGGGAGUGCUCCCGUGUUUACAGGUAAACACACGCUUUGCUGAAUGAGGGUGUCUAACCCCAGCAGAGGAUCUGAUCCUGUCUAUCCACAGCGCUAUACAGAGAUCUAGAUAGAUUUAGUAAUGACGGUGUGGUGUAAAAUCACUAGAGAUCAUCCCAAACCUUUGUAAGCAUUUUAUGUUGCAUAUUAGAGAGGGAAGCCGUUUUCCGGAACUCAGGGUCGAUGUGGAAUGUUUCUAGAAAGUCCAUUUUAUAAACAUUUCCAUUUUGGCUCACUUGCUAAAUUGGGUAGUAACUGUGGUGUUGCUGGGGGGCAUGGGAGGGGUUAAUGCCUGGUUGUUGGGUUGUUUUUUUUUCUCACUCUGGAGAGCACAGCUCAGAUUUGGUUUAAGUCACAAAGCCGCACGCAAUUCAGCUUGACUGACUGUUCAAGGGAGCCUAGGGAGGGGUUAACGGGUCGGGAUUCACCUGUGUGAACCCCAGAGUCUUGCCAGGCCUCUUGCCUUCAGGUUUAGUGACUGAUGAUUCCUGCAGACCCCAAGUCUCUCCUGUGGAUCUAAUCCGUUGCCAUGGAAAUCCUGGCCCAUGUUGGGAGCAGGGGUGGGGGAGUUGGACUCAUUUUUCAUUAACGUGAUGUGGUGUCACAAGGAGGUUCCCGUCCUAGCAAAGAGCAUUUCCUUGUAUUGUUCCCCAGGGCCUGUCUAUAACUCCACAGCGCUGCACAAUGGCCUUUUACAGUCACUGCCUGGGCUUCUGGGCACAGGGCUGGAAUAGAUGGGGCAGUGGAGGGAAACCCCGUGUGGGGAAGCUAGGGCCCCCAUGAUAGGGUUGCCUAAACAUACAAACCCAAACACCCUUGCCCCACCUCUUCUCCGAGGCCCCACCCUGCUCACUCCAUCCCCCCUCCCUCUGUCACUUGCUCACUCCCUUUCACCGGGCUGGGGCACGGGGUUGGGGUGCAGGCUCUGGACUGGGGCCAAGCGAUUUAGAGUGUGAGAGGGGGCUCCAAAUUGAGCCUGGGGCAGGGGGUUGGGGUGCAAGCUCUGGGAGGGAGUUUGGGUGUUGGGGCGGCUCCGGGCUAGGGCACGGUGUUGGGGUGCAGGAGGGGGCUCCAGGCUGGGGGAGAGGGUUGGGGUGCACGAGGGGGUGAGGGGUGUGGGCUCCAGACAGCUGGCGCUUACCCUGGGUGGCAUCACAGCGGGGCUAAGGCAGGCUCCCUGCCUGCCCUGGCCCUGCACCACUCCCAGAAGCAGCCAGCCUAGCCUGGUGAAAUGGAUCUGAACCCAGAGGUUUCACUCGCUGCCCAAAGUCACUUGCAAUUUCCUGGUUUAAUGAGGCUUCCUGUAAACUCCCGGGGAUGGAGAAUCUGAAGGAGGGCACUUUUUUGAGUGGUUAAAGCCGGAGAUUCCUGGGUUUUAUUUCAGUCACCACCACUGCCUCACGGAGUGGCCUGGGGCGAGUGUCAGAAAAGCCCCGUGUCUGUGUUUUCCCCCAUGGUCAUUGUACGAUGGGCUGAUCAGAACCUGGGAGGGGGAUUGUGGGAGCUAUCAGCAUCUGUGCUCUGGGCUGCAUCAGCGUAAGGCAUCGCAGCAAUUUGAGCCCCUCUGCCUGGCUGCACUGGGGCAGUUUUCAGGUGCUGUAGAAAGCCCAUCUUGGUGAAGUUCCCUAGCCCGUCUCCCCUGCCCCACCCUCCUCAGGACCCUGGCGGGGCUCAUCCUAGUUGUUGCCCUUGGAAAGGACCACGGUACCCCUCUGUUUGCUCCCAACCACAGGCAGAAAGGUGUCUCAGGACAGACCUUUAAACCCCCCCCCCCCCCCCCCACACACACACACAUCCCCCCACCCCCAUGGGCCUGAGGAUUUUGUCUCCCUCUGUAGAUUGGAUACCUGACCUGGCAUGGUAGCACAAUCAGGCCCAUCUGGGCUGUGAUCCAUGUGCCUGUGUGGAGUCCCAUAGUGGCAGUUUGCCCAUGUGGCUCUGAUGGCAGGAUCAGGGCCAUGGUAUGGAGGGUUUUGAAUCCCCCACCCCCACGCCGUUUGCUGGGGAGGCAGGUUCAGCUUCAAGCCUGAUCAUGCAGCAGUUGGUAACGUGAUGUGGUGUCACAAGGAGGCUCCCGUCCUAGCAAAGAGCAUUUCCUUGUAUUGUUCCCCAGGGCCUGCCUCUGACUCCACAGCGCUGCACAAUGGCCUUUUAUAGUCGCUGCCUGGGCUUCUGGGCGCAGGGCUGGAAUAGAUGGGGCAGGUAAACAGUGAAACUGUCUUCGGGGAGCAGCCCAGGGUCCAGCCAAAAUCUGCCAGCAGAGCUUCAGAGUGGGAAAACUUGAGAGGGAAAUCCUAUAUCGCAAACGGCUGGCUUUGCCAGGGCUGUGGGCGAAGCCUCACCUGUUGGAAAUGGCAAGACUUUAACCAUCCAAACAGCAAUGUCACCGCGCAGGCAGGUUGCGUCCUGCUUGAUACUCCCCUUUCCCUCCCAGCUGUGAAACAGGCAGGCCAAUUUCAUCUGGGGUGCUAAUCCCUUUCCCUUUCCGGUUGUCCCUGGUGCAGCUUUGGGUUGCCAGGGCACUCGGUGUGGGGGGAGCAGAACUGCUAAUCAGUCAGAGGUGAAUUGCAUUCCAUUCCCCACAAAUCAGAAGAUUGGCUUAAAAAUCAUGACAUUUUAAAAAUAACAAAACAAUACAUUUCGGUUCUUUCU